AUGAAUACAAGCAAGAGUGAGACAGUGAAAGAGCAUCCAUUGAAACCUUCUAGAAGAUCCAUGCCAUGCCUUGCCCAGAGCCAAACACAUCCUCAGAGCCUGAGCAAGCAUUCUUCCUUUCUGCAGCCAAACCGUGUGCAGCCACAGCCCAGGUCUCAGCCCCUGAGUGCAGGGACAUCCACAGCUGCCGUGGAUGUGGUGUCCGAACGAGCUAAAGUGAUGGAGACUUUGGAAAACAACUUGCUCAAGUUGUCUAAUACAGAAUACAGUGAUCCAUUUUUAGAUGUAGGAAAGGACAAAGACACAUAUACAGAUGAUUCAGAGCAUGGGAAUUACGACACUCGUACCGAUCAGUCCUUGCUCAUUCAGAACAAGCUCACCAGGCAGAAAACAGAACCUCGGGCUAAAUCAUCUUUAAAGAGUGAUGCCAUGGCAUCGUCAGGACUCUUUUUCAAAGACGGAAGAAAACGCAUUGAUUACAUCUUGGUCUACAAGAAAUCGAGUCCACAGGUGGAAAAAAGAAGCACAUUUGAGAAGAAUUUGAGGGCAGAAGGACUGAUGCUAGAACGGGAGCCUGCUGUUACAAACAGUGACAUCAUGUUUGUUAAAGUUCACUGUCCGUGGGAGACACUGUGCAAAUAUGCAGAAAGGAUGAACAUCAGGAUGCCUUUCAGGAAAAAAUGUUAUUACACUGACUGGAGGAGCAAAACCAUGGGCAGUUUGCAGAGGAAUAUGAGAGAGCUGAAAAGUUGGUUGCCCAGAAACCCAAUGAAGCUUGACAAGGAGGCCCUGCCUGACCUGGAGGAAACAGAUUGUUACACGGCUCCGUUCAGCCGCGCGCGCAUUCACCAUUUUACUAUAAACAACAAGGACAGCUUCUUCAGCAACUCCACGAGAAGCAGAAUUGUGCAUCACGUGCUGCAGAGAACUAAGUACGAAGAUGGAAAAUCCAAAAUAGGUAUUAAUAGGUUACUAAAUAAUGGAACCUAUGAAGCAGCAUUUCCACCCCAUGAGGGGAGCCAUAAAAGCAGACAUCCCAUCAAAACACACGGAGCACAGAAUCACAGACACCUCUUGUAUGAGCGCUGGGCACGGUGGGGAAUGUGGUACAAAUACCAACCUCUUGAUUUAAUCAGCAAAGAGAUCUGUGAGGCAAAUGAAACCAUCAUGUGCCCAAUGUGUGAACGCAACUGCACACUGCAGAAACUCAACGAAAGCUGCAUCUAUGCCAAGGUCACACAUUUGUUUGAUAAUGGAGGGACUGUCUUCUUUGCUAUUUUCAUGGCAAUCUGGGCAACAGUCUUCCUGGAGUUUUGGAAACGACGCAGAGCUGUAUUAACCUAUGACUGGGACCUCAUAGACUGGGAGGAUGAAGAGGAAGAGCUGCGACCCCAGUUCGAAGCUAAAUAUUCCCAAGUGGAAAGAGUAAAUCCCAUCACAGGAAAACCUGAACCUUUCCAGCCUUUCCCUGAUAAGCUCAGCCGACUGAUGGUGUCUGUCUCAGGAAUAUUCUUCAUGAUUUCCCUGGUCCUCACUGCAGUGUUUGCAGUCGUGGUGUAUCGACUCGUAGCCAUGGAGCAGUUUGCCUCCUUCAAGUGGUAUUUCAUCAAGAAGUAUUGGCAGUUUGCAACGUCUGGCACUGGAGUCUGUAUCAAUUUCAUGAUCAUCAUGUCACUCAAUGUUGUGUAUGAAAAGGUUGCCUAUCUCCUGACAGAUCUAGAGCACCCUAGGACAGAAUCCGAGUGGGAAAACAGCUUUGCCUUGAAGAUGUUCCUCUUCCAGUUUGUCAACUUGAACAGCUCCAUCUUCUACAUUGCCUUUUUUCUUGGCAGGUUUGCCGGACGCCCAGGAAAGUACAACAAGCUCUUUAACAGAUGGAGGCUGGAAGAGUGUCAUCCCAGUGGCUGCUUGAUAGAUCUGUGCCUGCAAAUGGGAGUGAUUAUGGUUUUAAAACAGAUGUGGAACAACUUCAUGGAACUAGGCUAUCCUUUGUUACAGAAUUGGUGGUCACGGCGCAAAAUGAAGAGAAGAGGGCAAUCGAUGGAGAAUAAAAUUUCUCUACCUCAGUGGGAGAAAGAUUGGAAUCUGCAGCCUAUGAAUCUCCAUGGUUUAAUGGAUGAAUAUUUAGAGAUGGUUUUACAGUUUGGCUUCACCACCAUCUUUGUCGCUGCCUUCCCACUUGCACCUCUCCUUGCACUGCUGAACAACAUCAUAGAGAUCAGGUUGGAUGCCUACAAGUUUGUCACUCAGUGGCGCCGGCCUAUGCCUGCAAGAGCGACGGAUAUCGGUAUCUGGUAUGGAAUUCUGGAAGGAAUUGGAGUUCUGGCUGUCAUCACCAAUGCCUUUGUCAUUGCCAUUACUUCUGAUUACAUUCCACGUUUCGUCUACGCAUACAAAUAUGGUCCCUGUACAGACCAAGGGUACAGACAAGAAAAGUGCUUAAAAGGAUACGUCAACAGCAGUUUGUCAGUAUUUGAUCUGAGUGAACUUGGGAUGGGAUACUCGGGAUACUGUCGGUACAGAGACUACAGAGCUCCCCCAUGGAGUUCAACUCCCUAUGAAUUCACCCUGCAGUUCUGGCAUGUCCUGGCAGCACGACUGGCCUUCAUCAUAGUGUUUGAGCACCUUGUUUUUGGAAUAAAGUCUUUCAUUGCCUACCUGAUUCCAGACAUGCCCAAAGACUUGUGUGACAGAAUGAGGAGAGAGAAAUACUUAGUCCAGGAGAUGAUGUAUGAGGCUGAACUGGAACAUUUGCAGAGAGAAAGGAAAAAGAAUGGGAAACAGUAUCACCAUGAAUGGCCUUAG